UAGUUUGUGUUCGAGUACUCCCAUAUAUUGGGUACUGUGCUGUCUCCAACUCUAAACGGAAGACGCAAAUCAAGGUCAAGAUCAUAAGAAUGGAGUUCUGCACGCGGCUUGCAAAUCAGUUGAUGCUGAAGAAGGUCGAAGAACACGAGGAGAAAAACUCAGUGGUGUCUCCGGUUUCAAUCAAUGCCGUUCUAAAUAUGGUGGUUGCUGGAUCGAAGGGCGCUACUUUGGACCACUUUUUUGCUCUUCUAGGGUCGAAGACGGUCAACGAGAUCAACUCGGAGUCUGCCAAGAUGAUGGCGGUGGCAGCAGAUGUUGGACUUAAUUCCGCCAACAAGGGCACAGAGGACAAUGAUGAUAUUGGUCUGGUUUUGGCAAUGGUCAAUGGAGCUUGGUUCGAUCAAAGAUUUCCUCUGAAACCUUCUUACGGUGAGGAUAUUCUCAAGGGGAUCUUCAAUUGCGAAGCCAAAACUGUUCAUUUUGCAACUCAUGCUAAUCAAGUGAGAGACGAAAUUAACGCAUGGGCUGAAGCAGCAUCAAGAGGGCUUAUCAAAGACUUUCUCGAGCCAGACUCCCCAAGUUCAGAGGCAGCACUCGUCCUGAUAAAUGGGCUCUAUUUCAAAGGAAAUUGGAACUGCGAUUACAAGUUCAACUCGGAGUUAACCAAGAAUAGAGAUUUCAAUCUUAUGAAUGGAGACAUAGUUUCAGUCCCGUUCAUGACCAGUUGUGCAUGUUAUCCAUGUCAGUCGUUUGACGGUUUCAAGGUCCUUAGUAUCCCGUACGAAAGUGGACAACUCAGUAGUAGGGAUUUCUCGAUGUACUUUUUCCUCCCAGAUGAGCGAGAUGGGUUGCAAAAUCUCUUAAAGAAGCUCAUGAUCUUGAAGCCUAGAAACUACUUCAACUUGUACCACAACGAGCUUGACCAAUUUUGGAUACCGAAGUUUAAGUUCUCAUACGGUUUUGAUGUUCUCAAGUCCAUGCGGGACAUGGGAACACCGUUCUCAUUUCUGACGAAUCCGAAAGAGUUGUCGGAAAUGAUGCAUGUCCCUGAGGAUGUCAACGACUUUGUACCAAAUAUGAUUCAGAAGGCGUUUAUCGAGAUAGAUGAGAAAGGAACUGAGGCUGCAGCUAUUACUGAAUUCAGUGACGAGAUGGGAUGUUCAUUGGAGGAGCCAGAAAGGAUGAGUUUCGUUGCUGAUCACCCUUUUGUCUUUAUGAUCAGGGAAGCUACAUCUGGGUUGGUUUUUUUUCACUGGAGCAGUGCUUGAUCCGAGCCAGAGAAAUUGACUUGUUUUUUUUUCUCUGUUAAACCGUCUUAUGGGUUAUUUUGUUUUGUUUUGUUUUUGGUCCGUUAAGGCUCUGGAAGUUUAGAAGCAUAUU